AUGUCUAUAAUCCCCCCAGCCAGCAAGUCAAUAAUCCCACAAGCUCUACGCAAACCACGCAUCAUAUCCAUCCCACUCGCGCGUCCACGCCCAUCCGCGAAGCUUGACCUGAGGAUGUUGACUUAUUACCAAUUCCAACUUGACGAGCGUCAAAAGCCACCUGGUUCACAACGGGGCAUCGCGAACUGGUUAACUGGCAAGGCUGCGGGUAUGUGGGUCGGUUUCGGGAAAGCCGAGGGUUGGAGGCGCAGGACGUAUGAGUAUGGGGAACGACUGAUGCACAGCGUAGACUUCGAGGAAUUGGCGUUGAGGAGCAUCGACCCGUCCCUUGGGCCCUCUAUCAAGCAUCCGGGCGGGGGAAGCGCGUUGUGGGAGAAAGAUGAAGGGAAGGAGAAGGAGCCCGCUGAAACGGAGUCGUCAUCGAUCCCAUUCCUCUACCCACCCUCAUUAACGUCCUCGGCAGUCGCUCUUGGACAUCUGCGGUGGCAUGUCGAGCACCGAAUAUCUCGCCACAGGAAAGGAUUCUACAUGUGGGGACUCCUCACACCUAUCACGUUUCCUUUAAAGUUGAUUCCUAUAAUACCCAACCUCCCAUUUUUCUUCUGCGUCUGGCGGAGCUGGUCGCAUUAUAAUGCCCUCAAAUCCUCUGAAUACCUUGAAACCCUACUAGACAACAACCAAAUCGUACCACAAGCGAGCCAGGUGCUCGACGAAAUAUACAACGAAUUUUCACCUCUCACCUCACCCUCUUUGUUAUCACCUUCAAUUACCUCACCCCCGUCGUCCGACGCAGAAUCAAAGUCCUCACCCUCAUUGGCCAGCGUUGACCCUCCAAGCCCGGGGCACCGACUCGCUCUCCUAGUAACACCCGACGCGGUCCCUGCUCUUCUCGCCAAGUUUGAACUGACGGAGAAGGCGGGCGCGGAUCUUUAUAGGGCUAUUGAGCAGGCGAGGGUGAGGGUUGAGAGCGGAAAGCUGGAUACGUAG